AUGAGCUACCACUUGGGAUCAACGUUUCCUAACUUCACCUCCGUUGCAUCAAAUGUAGAAGGAACUUUUGACUUGUACAAAUAUGUAGGAAAUAUGUGGUGUAUCUUUUUCAGCCACCCAAAUGAUUUUACUCCUGUAUGUACAACAGAGUUGGCAGAAUUUGGAAACAUGUAUGAAGAAUUUUUCAAUUCAAAUUGCAAGUUAGUUGGUUUUAGUUGCAAUUCUAAAGAGUCUCACGAACAAUGGAUUGAAGAUAUUAAAUAUUAUGGAAAGAUAAAAGAAUGGAAAAUACCAAUAGUUUGUGAUGAAUCUAGAGAUAUUGCUAAUACGUUAAAAAUUAUGGAUGAAAAAGAAAAAGAUAUAAAAGGUUUACCAUUAACUUGUAGAUGUGUUUUUUUUAUUUCACCUCAAAAAAUUGUGAAAGCCACAAUAUUGUACCCUGCUACUACUGGAAGAAAUGCGAAAGAAAUUUUGCGCGUCCUUAAAUCCUUGCAGAUGACUGAGGAACAUCCAGUUGCUACUCCUGUCAAUUGGAAAACGGGAGACAAAUGUUGUGUCCUUCCAACUGUAAAUAACUCCGAUCUCAAAAAUAUUUUCCAGAAUGAAGUAGAACAACUUCAGUUGCCAUCGAAGAAGCCUUACCUCAGAUUCGUGCCCAUGUGA